CCGAAUAUAUUUUUUAAAGUCAAAAUGCAUUUUUGUGGUACCUUUAUCUGUUUGGUUGCUAUCGUCCUAAUGGUGACAUCUGUAUCUGCUUCAAUUAACGGGGAUGAUGAUAAUGGUGGUGGUCAUGUUAGAUUAAUCUUUAAAAGAAGUGAUGUAUCGAAUGGUAAUGCCAUGCGCCGCAGAAGAAUGGGGGUAUCUGCAAGAAAGAGAUAUGUAAAAAAUGCUUUAGCGGCGGAAGCAGAUAUACCUACAGUUUUUUCUGGUCCUGUUAAAAGACAAGAAAGCAUGGACGGAGAUGUGGACGGAGACAUAGAUGCAGACAUAGACGCAAACAUAGACACAGACAUAGACGGAGUCAUGGACGAAAACAACGACGAAAGCAACGACGAAAGCAACGACGAAGAGGAAUCAGACGAAAAUGAAAGUUAAUAAAACUUGAUGAUAAUGAGAUAAUGAAGAUUCACCGUGGUCCGAUAAUACGUAAUCGAAUUACUUUUUAUAAAUGCAUAACUGACAUAGUGUAAUUAAAGCCAAUAAUCACUCAAAAUAAAAUUGAUUUCAAUAAAAAAAAAUUAUCCGGUAUAACGUGGUUUGUUGUUACCAUGCAGCUUUGACGCAGAC